AUGUCCAUUGCGUAUAUCUUACUAUUGGUUUUUACUUCUCCUAAACAUGCACUCAUACUCCACAUCUUUAUUGUACCAUCUUCUAAUCCACAUGAUACUAUGUUUCCAUUCUUUAUAAUCUUAACGGUUUUUACUAUGCCUUGA